AACAGAGGAGGAACUGAAUUGCCCUUGAGGUCCGCUAAUACCCUAAUUGUCAUAAACCCUAGCAAUUCUCCUUCUCCGAGAGAACCCUCGUUAGCCAUGUGGAGUCGAAUCUCUAGCAGAAAACCAUCUCUAUCUGCCAUUACACAGUUCUCCUCUCCAUUCGUGGCGAAGCGGUCGUAUGGGUUGAUACCCAUGGUUAUCGAGCACACUUCAAGGGGAGAGCGAGCUUACGACAUAUUCUCUCGUCUCCUGAAAGAGCGUAUUGUCUGCAUCAACGGUCCGAUCGCCGAUGACACGGCUUCUAUCGUGGUUGCUCAGCUUCUCUUUCUUGAAUCCGAGAAUCCAUCCAAACCCAUCAACAUGUACAUCAAUUCUCCCGGGGGAGUUGUCACUGCCGGCCUUGCGAUCUACGACACGAUGCAGUACAUUCGAUCUCCAGUGAGUACUCUAUGUAUUGGGCAAGCAGCUUCGAUGGGUUCUCUGCUUUUGACGGCCGGUGCAAAGGGUGAGAGACGAGCGUUACCGAAUGCUAGGGUUAUGAUCCAUCAGCCCUCUGGUGGGGUAAGUGGGCAAGCUAGUGAUAUAGCAAUCCAGGCUAAGGAGAUUCUCAAGUUGAGGGAGAGGUUGAAUCUGUUGUAUGUGAAGCAUACUGGGAAGGAUCUUGAGAAAAUUGAGCAGUCCAUGGAGAGGGACAUGUUCAUGUCGCCGGACGAGGCAAAAGAGUUCGGUUUGAUUGAUGAGGUUAUUGAGAAUAGGCCAAUGACUCUGGUGACAGAUGCAGUUGCAAGCACAGGGGCCGGUGGGAACAAAGGGAAAGAGGAGGGCUCUAGCUAGGAUUUGGCAGGGGAUUCAAUUUUUUUUAUGCUUUAUUAUUUUUGGCUUCAGAUGCCAUGGAUCAUUGACUCUUGCCACUAGAGAUGCUUCACUUUUUGGUGCUGCACAGCCAUCUUCAACUAAAUGCCAAUGAUUUUAUGACACAAUCUUCAAAAAUGAACAUGUGAUUCAAGUAUAAUUAAUUGGAGGGGGGACUUGUUGCAACUUUAUCAGAUAAUAAGGGAAUUGCUCCAACCCCAUAUCAAAGAGUGAUGAGACUCUGCAAGUUCUUAUAAACUAUAGGAAUAAAAUAUGGAUAACCUACCUAUUUCGGAGACUUGCCUUGUGAAAGGCUUAACUACUAUUUAACUUUGGACUUCGGUGGGCUGUUUCCCUCAUGCCUCAGAAGUACAUAACAUUGAAGACUUUAAGUUAGGUGAGAUACCUGGGUA